CUCACUUCAGCUGCAGGAGUUGUUCAAGAUGGCCACACACUUCAGUUCAUCCUUACAGAUUAUUAUCAUGUUUUUGUGUUGCACAGUGUGUAGUACUGACAUUUCCUGUAGAAAUGAAGCUGGUGAGCCUGUUGAUUGGUUUAUCAUCUACAAACUGCCCAGGUAUAAGAUUGGCGAGGUCGGCAGUGGGGUGGACUACAUGUACCUGGACUCCUCAGUAUGGAGCUGGCAGAUGAGUAAAUUCAUGGUUAACACCAGUCAAGGAGCGAUAGUGAACACACUGAACCAGCUUUACAUGGGGAAGGCCUACAAGUCUAACAGUUCAGUCUAUGCACUCUACAAUGAUGGACCACCGAUCCUGGAUUACAUCCAAGGAUACGGACACACUAAAGGGGUACUGCUCUUUGACCGCUCUCAAGGUUUUUGGCUUUCGCACAGCAUUCCCCAUUUCCCCUCGUUCCCUGAGAGAGGCUACCUUUACCCCUCCUCUGGCAAAGUCAAUGGCCAGACUGCUCUCUGCGUGACCUACCACUAUGAACAAUUCCUCCAAAUAGCAAAGCAGAUGGUGUACCUUUACCCACGCUUCUAUAACUGCUCUGUACCUGCUGCAUUCUUGGCCGACCUGCCGCAGUUGGCCCAGUUAUGUGAGGGCUCCAAACCCCCACUGGCCUCAGAUAAGAGAGUGGAGCAGCUUUUCUCAAUGCAAGGGGAAAAGUUUGUCAGUUUUGUGAAAUCUGAACGCUAUGUGGAUGACAUCUACACGGGCUGGGUGGCUCAGGCUCUGGAUGCCGACCUGCUGGUGGAGUCCUGGCAGAGACAAGGCCAUGAGCUGCCCUCCAACUGCUCCCUGCCCAAACACACCAUGAACAUCAAGAGGAUUCGGCUUCCCGGAUCAGUCCUGUUCCAGUCCCACUACGACCACUCAAAGUGGUGCGUGUCGCGGGCCUCCGAGGACCAGGUGACCUGCCUGGGGGAUCUGAACAGGGAGAGUGCCCAAAUGUGGCGUGGUGGGGGGCUGGUCUGCACCUUCAACCCCUUGAUUUACAAGGCCUUCAGACAGCUGGUGGACUGGUACAUUGGCUGUUGAAUGAGAAAGAAAGAGGUAUACAAUUAGCCAUCCAUUUAAAGAAAGAAAAAAACAGCUACAACAAAUGUUUGAAUUUAACUUGUUUGACUUGUGUUCCAGUACAUAUGAAAAUCCUGACAUAGUCUUAACCUGUAUGUGGUUUUGAGAACGAUAACAAAUUAAUAAUCUACUGAAAAAGUUACAUAGGCAAUAUUAUGUGACUAUAUGCUAAAUUAAUAAAUAUGCAAGAUUCAA